GUCUUAUCUCACUGUCUCUGUGGUGUGAAGUUUGUGUACUCGUGGGGACAUCAAUGUCUGGGAGGUGCCUUUUGGUGGUGGUGUGGUGUUUCAUGGUUGCGGGUUGUAUUGAGGGUAGGAAAUUACAGGAGAAAAAUGGUGAGAAAAUGAAAAAACCAGAAUGGAUCCUUGAUGGUAACCCGACUUGGAUUAGCGGUGGCGGUGGGUGGAAAGGUUCAACUCUUGGGCACUCAUUCAGUUUUGGUAAGCGAGUAGGGUAUGGUUUUAGUUAUGAAGAGCCUGGUAGUGGUGUAGGAAAACCUGAUUGUGUUGGACAAGGUGGUCAGAUUGGUGGCAGAGGUGGGGGUAGCGGUGCUGGAGGUGACAAUGGUGGUGGUGGCGGAAAACACCACAAGAAGGGGAAAAAGCAUCAUUAUGGAGGGGGUGGAAUUAGUCAUGGGAGAGGGAUUGGAGGAGGUGGUCAUGGUGGUGUUGGGGCUGGAGGUGGAGGUGGAGGUGGAGGUGGAGGUGGAGGAGGGGGUGGCAAAGGCAAAGGAAUUGGAGGUGGAGUUGGUGGUGGAGUUGGAGGUGGCAUUGGCAAAGGAAUUGGGGGUGGUGGCGGUACCGGAGGAGGUAUUGGUGGUGGAAUAGGGCGAGGUGGUGGUGUUGGAGGAGGAGUUGGUGGUGGAGGAGGGGGUGGCAAAGGCAAAGGAAUUGGAGGUGGAGUUGGCAGUGGAGUUGGAGGUGGCAUUGGCAAAGGAAUUGGGGGUGGUGGCGGUGUUGGAGGAGGUGGUGGUGUUGGAGGAGGGGGUGGCACAGGCAAAGGAAUUGGAGGUGGAGUUGGUGGUGGAUCUGGAGGAGGUGGUGGUAUAGGUGGUGGUGGUGGUAUUGGAGGAGGCAUUGGUGGUGGAAUAGGGGGAGGUGGUGGUGUUGGAGGAGGCAUUGGUAGCGGAGGUGGUACUAGUGGGGGUAUUGGUGGGGGCAUAGGUGGUGGUAGUGGUGUUGGAGGAGGCGUUGGUGGUGGCGGGGGUAUUGGUGGUGGUGGUGGAAUAGGGGGAGGUGUUGGUGGUGGGGGAGGUGUUGGUGGUGGUAUAGGUGGUGGCAGGGGUAUUGGUGGUGGAAUAGGGGGAGCUGUUGGUGGUGUUGGAAGAGGUGUUGGUGCUGGUGGUGGUGGUGGUGGUGGUGGAGGAGGCGUUGGUGGUGGUAUAGGUGGUGGUGGUGUUGGAGGAGGUAUUGGUGGUGGCGGUGGUGGGGGUAGUGGUGGUGCUAUUGGAGGAGGUGGUGGUAUAGGUGGUGGUGGUAUAGGUGGUGUUGGAGGAGGUAUUGGUGGUGGCCUUAUCAAAGCAAUGUCUGAGGGUGCUGAUCCCUGCAACAAGAGAGGAAUCAAAUCCACCAAUGAAGAAGAAAGUGAAGAUGAGAAAGAAGAUUGGAUUCGUAGGGACUCCAUCCUUGUUGGCCAUAGCCAAAUUGUGAACAAGUUUCGCUAUAAUGGAGAUUAUCUGAUGAGUUGGGUUUUGACUCCACUGGUUGAUGGUUGA